GGCGCCCGCGCCCGCCGCGGGGCACGUCGGGGCCGGUAGUGCCCGGGGCACCGCCAUGUGCGCGGCGGCCGGCGGUGGGCGGUCGGCGGCCCGACGGCUUGGUAGGGCCAGGGGUGCGGCUGGAGUGAGCCAGGUCCAGAGCACAGCCAGCAUCCCGAGGCGCAGUAGGAGGAGGAAGAAUGUCGCCAUUGCUUAUGAAUCUGGGCAGGCGGAUGGUGCCGAGCAGGGGACGUCCGAGCCCCAGAGACCACACUGGGAGCCAAGGGACUGGCGGCAGCAGCUGGAGCGCAUCCGGGAAAUGAGGAGGAACAGAGACGCUCCUGUCGAUGAGAUGGGAGUGGAGAAGUGUUAUGACAGCAGCGCACCUCCACAGGUUAUGCGCUACCAAGUUCUGCUGUCGCUGAUGCUCUCCAGCCAGACCAAGGACCAGGUGACAUCAGCUGCUAUGUUGCGCCUGAGGCAGCAUGGCCUCACAGUUGACAGUAUUUUGCAGAUGGAUGAUGCGACACUUGGGCAGAUAAUUUACCCUGUAGGAUUCUGGAGGAACAAGGUGAAGUACAUAAAGCAGACGACAGCCAUCCUGAAGCAGAAAUACGGGGGUGACAUACCGAGAACUGUGGAGGAGCUGGUGCAGCUGCCAGGAGUUGGGCCCAAAAUGGCCCACUUGGCCAUGAACAUUGCCUGGGACAGCGUGUCUGGGAUAGCUGUGGACACCCAUGUGCACAGGAUCACAAACAGGCUGAAGUGGGUGAAGAAGGAGACCAGAUACCCCGAGGAAACUCGGGUAGCGCUGGAGGACUGGCUGCCCAGGGAUCUCUGGAGCGAGAUAAAUUGGCUCUUCGUGGGCUUUGGCCAGCAGACCUGCCUGCCUGUGAAUCCUCGCUGCAACGAGUGCCUCAAUCAAGACAUUUGCCCAGCUGCUAAGAGACACUGAGGGAUCAUCCAGUCUUCGUAGAGCAACAAAGCUGCUUUGGCUCAGCAGCAGCCUGGAGCUGAGCCCUAGUAAAGCUGUGCUUUGCACAGGGCUGGCUGUGUGACUGCAGGGAAACAGGAGACUGCUGCAGCCAGCUCAGCAUCUCUGGGGAGGGAGCAGCCACUGGCAAUGGCUGAGCCCUCGAGAGGAAAAAGGGUCUUUCAAAGUGCAGCAGUCCUGCUGCGUCAGUGCUAAAGGCUCCAGCCUGCGUGAAUGCCUGAGCAUGCCCUGGCAGAGCAGCAGGCUGUCCCGCGUCGCUGGAGAGAAAUGCUUUGUCCUACUGGACUUGCUGCUGCUUGUAAAUGCGCAUUUAAUAAAGGUGGUGGGGUUUUUUUUUCCACCCAUGAAGUUUGCUGGCAUCUGUGCAACAGAGGGCAGGAGGAGGAGAGCACAGGGGACCUUACCAAAGAGUGAGACCAUAGCAACCAGCUGAGAGCAGGCAGCACGCAACCUGCCAAGCCUCCUGCCUAGCCCAGGCAGCGAGGGGCACUGCGAUGAAUAAGGUACAACUGAAGACUUUGUGAGCCAGGACAAGUGGCCUUUGGGUCCUGGUAGCAGAAGAGCUGGGGGGGGAAUGCAGAGCAGGGGGAGGCAGGAGACAAGCCAGUGUCACUCUGGGUUUUGUGUGUGCCAGCAAGGGUUACAGCGGCCACGGGAGCCAGGCUACCGUGUGCCUCGGAAGCUGACAGAAGGGACACCACCACCAUCUGUGUUUUGUUCUUCAAAGAAAGGGUAGUGCUGACUUCAUUGUAGAGCUUCAAAGGAAUAAUUUCAGCUACUUUUUAAACAGGCAAGGGAGGAAGCAAAGUUUAUAAUGUGCUAAAGAAGGCUGUAAUUCCGCUCUGAAGGUCCCUACCAAACAGAUGAGGAACUAGCAAAUAAGUACUCAGUACACGGGAAAACAAAGUUUAUUACUGACAUUACAGUGUACAUUAUGUUUUUACAAUGCAGCUGACAGCCUUAUACUUUAUUGAUUUUUUUCCCAAGUUAAAUGUACAGGAACUGAAUAAUUACUACUGAGCUACAAGAUGUCAGAAAUACGAUAAGUGCUUUAACCAGGAGCAGUUUCCAUGGACUAAGCAGAGAUUAAGAUUUUUAAAUCUUAUCAGUACAGAUUUGCACACCUGAUUUCUUUUGAUCUGCAUCCAAAACUACAUGUUCUUUUUCUUCCCC